UCAAGUGUUGGACUUGGGGUUUACAAAGUGUGGGAGAGACUGAGCCUGUAGAGAGUGCUGGCUGUACCAUUAGUAGCUAACUUGUCAUUUCAAAAUCAGUGCAGUUGAUGUAAAAUAAUCGUAUUUCAGAUUUUUAUGGAUCCUUUAGGCACAAAUCACAAAGAUGAGAAGGACACUGCAUUCAUUACAGUAGAGGAGGAGGAAGAUGAGAAAGAUGAUAGCGAGACAACAGUGAUAGACGGUGAGGAGGAAUCAGAUGACAAAGCCAAGGAGACUGAACCCCGGCAGCAGAAGGAGCAGGCCUGGGCCCCCACUACCUACUCCAAGUUUGGUAAAGAGGUGUUUUGCUACGUAGGAGAGGAGAUCAGCAUCUUUGAGGCCUUGGACUCUUACGGUGCUGUCACCUGGCCAGCGGCGUUGGCUCUGUGUCACUACCUAGAGACCAACGUUGAGCAGUUGAACCUGGUGGACAAGGCAGUGCUGGAGCUCGGAGCAGGUCCUGGCCUAGUGUCUAUUGUAGCCACACUCCUAGGUGCCUGGGUCACAGCUACAGACCUACCAGAGAUCAUAGGUAACCUGAGAGCCAACCUGCUCCGUAACACAAGAGGGCGCUGUAGGAACACUCCCCAAGCUGCAGCUCUGUCCUGGGGUCCUGACGUGGAACGCAUCUACCCCAGAUCUGUCUAUCGCUAUGACUACGUGCUGGCGGCUGACGUGGUGUAUCACCAUGACUACCUGGAAGAGCUGCUGUUCACCAUGAGAUACUUCUGCCGUCCAGGAACCACUCUGAUCUGGGCCAACAAGGUCCGCCUCAAGACAGACCUGAGCUUCACAGAGAACUUCAAGAACACGUUCAACACCACCCUGCUGGCUGAGAUUGGAGAGGUAAACAUAUUAAUGGGCACGUGUCGAGAAACAGAGGAGAAACCAGAGCUAGACCCAGGAAAACAACAGGAAGAGGAGGAAACCAGAGCUGGACCCAGGAAAACAACAGGAAGAGGAGGAGGAGCCAAAGCUGGUCCCAGAAAAACAACAGGAAGAGGAGAAGGAACCAGAGCUGGACUCAGGAAAACUACAGGAAGAGGAGGAACCACAGCUGGACCCAGGAAAACAACAGGAAGAGGAGGAGGAACCAGAGCUGGUCCCAGGUAAACAACAGGAAGAGGAGGAGGAAGAACAUGUCUGUUUACAGGUGGAGGAAAAUGGUUUAGAGGAAAAGGAGGAAGAGUUUGA